AUGGCUCACCACUAUCCUCCGCACGCUCAAACGGCACCGGGCUAUCAGCCAUAUCCUCCUGCUGCCUCUACAUCAUCAUAUGGCUACACCGCUGGCUACUACCCAGGCUACUCGCAACGCCCUGGAGCAAAUGGCUACGCAUUCGAUCCUGGAGCCGCAGGCGCGUCGGCUUACGCGCAUGGAGGACCAGCGACUGCGCCGGAGAUACCUGGAGUCUCCGCUCAGCUCGCUUCCCAAGCUCUACAACGUCUGAUAUCCUUGGAGAUGCGCGAUGCUGGUUUUGAAUCCGCAGAGGGCGGGGCAAUGAGAAGGCUGGAGCUGGAGGUGGCCUCAUUCAUCGAGCAACUCUACGAGCGCGCGCAUGAGUAUGCCAACCUCGCUAACCGCGCUAAGCCUGUUAUCACCGAUGUCAUGUCCGCUUCGGAGGAUUACAAUCUGGAGCUGAGCGAAAUACGUCGUCUGACCAGGAAGUCUCGUAAGAGGAAGCGAGCCGGUGAAGGACCGAUCACCUUAUUACCGCCGCCAUCGCGUACUCCGUCGCCCGACUUACUCAGCUCUGAUGACGAGAGUUUACCACCCACAAUCCCUGUGACGCUACGACCGCUUCCCCAUUAUGUACCUCCAUUGCCCCCAAAGCAUACAUUUCUCAGGACGCCGAUAUCUCCCCCGAAGAAAGCCGCAUUACCGUCUCUGGAGAAGAAACUCAAAAACGCAGCCCUCGUACAAGAAUCCCUCAAGAACCUCUUGCUUGCUACGGAAGACAACACAACCGAGGACGCCGAGCUGCUGGGAGCGACUGUGAACUGGGAGGCCACCACGCAUCCUCGCAAGCGUUGGAAGUUGUCAUGA